UCUUAUUUCAUAAGGUAGACUUCCUGUUGUUCUCACGUUUCUUCUCUGAUUUCUUUCGACAAAAUCCAGAAAACUAACGUGGGUGGUACCUAUUUUCUUCAAUAGUUCGUGGUUUAUGUUCAUACCGUGAGGUUUUAAGAACAGCAGAAUAACCGGACGAUUGCAAUGGAAAAUGAUGCUGUUUGUGAAACAACUGUAUCCGUUGAUGAUGAUGUUGAUACUGGAUAUCCAGAGGCAGAGUUGAAUAUGGUUGACUUACUUGAAGGUGCCAUUUCCAAUGGAGAGGUCAUUGAAGAAUUAGGAAAUGCUGGCGAGGUUCUAACAAGAGUGGAAUUGGAGUUAGCAUGUUUUUCUGAAAAGUUGGUAAACUUGAGUGUUCUUGCGAUGCAUGUGGCGAACAGGGAAAGUGACUUUGAAGCCUUUGCUUCUGUGGAAGAACAUAUAUUGGGUGACUCUAUUGAAAAGGCUUUGGAAUUUGAUCUAUUAUCGGGAAUUUUAGAUUCAGAGGCGAGAGAACUGGACAAGUUCACGACUACUCUUCAAGCUGAUGUUAUCUCUGCGCGUGUGAUUGUAUCCUCACUCAAACACUUGGGAGAAAACUUCAUGGAAAUGGAAGGAAAGGUGCGUGAUGUGGAACAAUCUUUGAAGCAAUCACAAGGGCAGGUCUCUGAAAUUAGGAAGCAAUCUGCCAAGUUCCAGAGGAUCAUAUCCUCUCCUAAUCAGGAUGACAAUAGGAAUAGUGGUAGAGGUGCGGACUUUCCAGAGGAUGAUGACUUGUUGAAUAUGAAUGCAAAGAUACAGACUGCUGGACAACAGAGACAUAUCCUGAGAAUGUUGGAAAAAUCUUUGGCUAGAGAGAUUGAUCUUGAGAAGAAGUUGACUGAAUCAAGACAAAUCGAAGAAGAACUGAAACUGAGGCUACAUUCCUCAGAACAAGAAGUAUUUUACCUAUUGGAAGAAGCAGCAGAUGUUUGGGAGAGAGGGUUCCAGGCAGAUAAUACAUCACAGGUCCUUCUGGAAAUUUCAAAAGAACUAUUGGGUCGGCUCCAGAUUUUUCAGUUCAAUUUGAAUGGUUCAUUACUUCGAGAAUCUGAGCUAAGAUCAAAGCUUGAACACUCCACUGACCAGUUGAAAGUGAAAGAAAUUGAUUUCCACAUGCUCAAGACCAGUAGUGCAGACCUCAAUGACUCUCUCUUGGCGCGUACAAAUAGCUUAAAGGCCAGAUUGAAGGAAGCUGAAGAUAAAUUAAUUAUAGCCAAUUCUGAGGCCUUCACUUUGAGGGAGAAGGUGAGUUCACUUGAGAAUCUGCUUAAAGAACCUGAGUUUCGGCUGCUGAAUGAAAAGGUCUCUGCUGAUGGAAGUCGGGAUCAGCAUAACGUUUUAUCAUCUGAAAUCAAUGAAAUGGAAGAUCUUAUUGUGGAUCUGAAAGAAAAAGGUUCUGAAGCAGAAAGUAGGGCCGAAAGUACCAAAAUCAAGUGUAAAAUGUUAGGGGAGACUAAUAUGGAUCUCUAUGAAGAGCUGUGUUUUCUUGAAGGCAGUAAUGGUAUCUCUGACAAGGUUAAUUCACUCGAGAGGCGGUUAAGGGAAUCCAAUAAUCAGCUACAGCAUGCAGUGGUAGCUGCCAAAGCAAGUCAGGAGAAGAAAAUCAUGUUGUAUUCUAUAAUUGGAGACAUGGAGAAUUUGAUAAAGGACCUGAAGUUGAAGGUUUCAAAAGCUGAAAUUCGGGUCAAUACUGCAGAGGAGAAGUGUGUCAUAUUAUCUGAAUCUAAUGCACGGCUAAAAGAGGAACUGAGCUUUCUGAGAGGCAGACUGGAAAGCUUGGAGGCAUAUUUGCAUCAAUCCAAGGAUAUGAAAAUGGCAAUUGCAAGGGACAUAGGUAUCCGGACCAAAGUUAUUACAGAUUUGGUCAUGCAACUGGCAAUUGAAAGAGAGCGCCUUCAUAAGCAGGUAGUGACCAAUUUUACAUUCUGUGGUUUGAUUCUUCAGGUUAAAAUACAUGUCACAACAUUAUCCCACACCAAACUAACGCAAAAAAAGCCUUGAUAUCCCAAUUUGGGAUUCAAUACAUGAAUCCUGAAGAGAUGGAAAGAUAACAGUUUGAUAUACACAAAUAUUUUACCAAACUAGCCAUUUCUGAUGUUUGUCCAAGAGUUUUUCCUUGCAAAUGAUAGAGGUGUUUUUGUAAGCGUCUCUCUUUUGUCCAUCAUGUC